AGUCUCUCUGCGACCUCCGCAACGCGCGCAAGCGUGCAAGCUCCGCUACCAAACAAAACAUUUCUUAACUCGAGUAAACAAAUAUGGUCGCGUGAACAUGUCGUUCUGUAGAAUCACCGGCCGCAGCCGCGGGCUGCCCAAGCCCAACUACUUCCCGCUCCUCGCUCCGAUCUCUCCAGCGGACGCCAAGCGAUGCUGCAGGAUCACCGGCAAAUCCUACGGACUGCCUUCUCAUCACUACAUUCCAGUGCUUCUGACCGCCCGCUCCGGCAGAAAGAAGUGCAAAAUCACGAACGUCUCUGGCGAACUCGGCCCGCACCACUACGCUCCAGAAAUUAACUAUGGCAACAGAAAACAUAACAUUCUACCGGACUUCAGAUAUAUUUUCCCCGUAUUGGACGGCUCGACGGAGGCGCAAAAGGCUUUAAUGGAUAUGCUGCUGACGAAACAAGUUAAUGAUGACAAACGUUACGUGUAUACGGUACAAGAAAGACGAUGCAGUUUAGUGUUCUCCGCUCAAAUGGAGCAGGCAGUGCGCGACGGUGAUGUUAGAGACGUGAUGUUGGCGAAGGAUUCGGACACAGUGCUUAUAAAAACGAAACAUGGUCGCAGUGUUUCCAUGGACUUUAAGGAUUUCACAGAAGACAUUGAAAUGUACGAAGGUGAAGGGCCUAAUGCUGAAGUGCUGUUACAAAGGGAAAAAGAAGAAUUAGCAGAACGAAAAAAGAAAAGAAAACGUGCCGCUGGAUUAUCUUCAAUGAAGAAAAUAUUUGAAAACAAAGAACAACUGGCUGAAGUACAAGAGUUGGAAGAGGAAAAGCUAAGGCAAGAACGCCUCGCCAAAAAAGCUAAAUUACACACUAAACAUGAAAAUCACGACGUUAAAAGCUUUAGUUGCAACAAUUUCGACGUGAGCCAUAUGCGCUCUAAGUCUAGUAUAGUUAGUUGCACCGCCGAGUGGACGGAGCGAAUGCAUCCGUUAAUAGAAUCGUGGGACUGGGAGCAGUUUGAGAAGGAAGCGGGUAAUAAACAAGUAAUCCCGACUGCAACCCAAUUGCCGACACCUGUUAAAAUAACCCCGUAUCACUGUGAAGCUGAAAUUUACGAGUCGGAACAAAAUAUUAGCGAUGUUUCGAUUCCACUGGAAAGUGUGCCGUGUGUGAACCCCCUUAAAGUUCCAAAGGAACGUCCCUCCGAAACAAUCUUAAACGCUGUGAAAGAAUUAAGCGAAGAGCGUUUGAAUGAGACGAUGAAUAUUGAAGAGAAAUUACUCUCCGAAAACAAGGUUGACAUGCUUCCGUCGUUGGAUAUAUUACCGGAUAUUAUUAAAAAUAUAAAGAAGGGCAAGAGAGAAAAAAUUGCUAAAGUUUCUGGGUUGACGAUAGACAUAAAUAAAGCGAAAAAGUUUAUUCCCGGACAACAUGUCAACACACCACAAGGCCCAGUAUUUGUUCCGGGCCAGACUGUGGAAACGCCAGUUGGUCCUGUGUUUGUUCCUGGACUUAGUGUGAAUACCCCCGAUGGUCCAGGCCUUAUACCGGGACAUAUUGUUACAAACGAAAGCACCAACGAACCGUUCUUCCUCGCGGGGCAAGUGCUACAAACUUCCAAUGGAGAGGAAUUUGUAUGUGGACAAGUAAUGAAAAACAAGGACAAUGGACACCGCUUCACUGAAGGCCAAACAGUCGUAUCUGAAGAAGGCUUGAAGUUUAUACCAGGAAAAGUAAUACACAGCGGCUCUGAAGAAGUAUUUGUGCCUGGCCAAACGAUAAUGACUCCGGAAGGCGUUCAGUUUAUUCCUGGUCAAACUAUGACUGACAGCAAAGGAGUUAUUUUUACACCUGGACAAAACGCAAAGAUAAAUAAUGACUGGCAGUUCGUGCCAGGACAGGUGGUGCAUCAAGAUGACGGAUUGCAGUUUGUGCCCGGAGCCACAAUAGCGACUCCAAAUGGACUGAAGUUUGUACCGGGUCAAACCGUUUCCGUAGACGGGGAAACGAUCUUUGUACCCGGUAUCACCAAAACAACAAGCAGCGAUAGUUUACAAUUUGUUCCAGGCACCACAGUGGAAACAAUCGAUGGACCUAAGUUUAUUGAAGGUCAGAUAGUACAUACCGAAUUUGGAGAAAAGUUUAUGCCCGGCAAAACUAUAGUGGAAACUAACGGACACGUGGAAUUUUCAGUUGCCAAGUCCGUAGAAGACAUCACGUUCUCAGAAUCUGCUCCUACUGGAUUACCAAUCGAUAUCAAGACAUGCUCGCUGUCUGAGGAGUCUUUAUAUGUGUUCGGACACAUGAUUCAAACAUCGAAGGGUAUCGAAUUUUACCCCGGCCCAAGAAUGCCGAAUAUCGAUGGCAAAGUGGUCCCUGGUCGUCUCGUUAAGAAUGAAUUAAACCAAUCACGCUUUGUCCCUGGAAUGAUGGUGGAAGGUGUGUUUGUACCCGGCCAAAUAGUAUUCACUGAAAAUGGAGAACAGUUUGUCCCUGGACAAGUGGUAGAUACUACUGAUGGACCCAAAUUUGUUCCUGGGCAAGUAGUUAACACAAGAAAUGGGCCUAAAUUUGUUCCCGGUCAAACUAUCCAUACUAUCGAUGGUCCUCGAUUUGUACCAGGACAAAUUAUUGAAACUAAAGCUGGCCCAACUUUCAUACCUGGCCAAGUUAUUUCUACGGAAGAUGAAGGAUCAAGGUUUGUUCCUGGUCAAGUGGUUGAUACCGAAGAAGGACCUAGAUUUGUCCCAGGAAGAGUUAUUGAAACUGAUGACAAUGGAGUCACAUUCGUGCCUGGACAAAUUGUUCAAACUCCUGAAGGACUCAAAUUCAUUGCCCCUGACCUUACAGAAGGCGAAGAAGGUCUAGAAUUCUCCGUACAAAGUUUUGUUGUUACUCCAGAGGAGUUAAAGUUAUUGAAAGUUAAAACAAAUCCAAACGAUACUACUUCAACUAAAGGAGAGUUAAGUAUUGAUACCAAAAUGUUAAGGCAGCUAUCUGAAGCGGGAAUGUCGAUCGGAAGACAAGUACCAGCCGAAUUACCUGCUAUUAGUGUCAUUUUAAACCACACACGUAACGUUGAAGCCUUGAAAGCAUUUGUCACUGAUUAUGGUCUUAAAGACGAAAUAGCAAACCAAUUGAUGGAUGUCAUUACGUCAAUCAUUGAAAUGAGUGCCCACCUGAAAUCUGAAAUACACGAAAACGACGAAGAAAAAAUAAAUGACAGAAAGAGCAGAAUUAAUAAGAAAAGAUUAGAAAUGCAAGAGACAGGGCACGUUGGCGGUAAUGGCCAAAGUUCACAACAAGAACAUGUGAAAAAUUCUAUAGCGGCUGCAGUCUUGGCUGCUCUUGUUACAGCUGAACAGUUCGAAGAAAUAAACAAUAACAAUGGCAGAGAAAAAUAUAAAGUAAUCCUAAAAUCUAUUGACACUAUUUUGGGCAAAACCAUCGACGAAGAUUUGGUAUCUGCAAUGUUCGAAAUUCUACAAAAGAAUGAAGACAAGGAAUUCUUAUGUGAAGAAAUUUUGGAAAAUACUACUCAACCAAAAGUAGAAUUGAUAAAAAUUGCAAUUAACAGCUCCUUACACAAAAAUGCUAUCAGCGAAGAAGAAAUCAUUGAGAAAUUUGGUGACUUCCUGAGCAGUGAAAACGAGGUAUUAGGACCAGCUUUCAAGAAUAUCACCAAAAACGACUCAAAUAUCUUAAACCAUGUAUUGAGUCAUAUUUCAGACUCGAUCUCAUUUAUCAAAACUGAACAUGAAGCCACAGAGACACUCCAAAAAGCUAUCGUAUCUGCUGUACAAGAGGCGAGUGCGAAGGAAUUAGAACUUCUAAUAAAUGACACAGAAAGUAAAAACUUAAAAGAAUUAAUAGUUCAAUCCGUUGGUUUGGCUAAAAUUCUCGGAAUGCGUGAUGUCGCCGCUAGUCUCUUGUCAGUUGUGAACGACGAACAAUGUUUAUCUAAAAUAGCAAGCGACCCAACGAGUCUAAACAUUUUGAAACGUCUGACAGUCAUGCGGAAACUCGCAGACAAAACACCAAGCUUACACUCGGCUUUAAAGAAAUUGGAGACUGACCCAGAACUGGCUCGAACAGAUCCCAAGCUACGGGAUUUGGUGAGAGAAAGUGGUGCGCUCAUGAUUGUUCCUGAAGAGCCGGCUUUGAUGACAUCAGCAGAUGUGCCUUUGAGCUUGCUCGACCCUGAAAAUAGCUUAGCCAUGGAAGAUUUCCUUUUGCAGCAUAAAAAGCAUAAAGGAGCUUUAUUGAUAAUGAAGAGAGGUCUCCAAUGUGUAAUUCCAAGAGAAGCUAGCCGAGCUGUAUUGUCAGGACAAGUAGGUUACACAGUUCUGGACGAAAGUGGAAUUAGGCAUUUCGAGCCAUUGAGUGUUUUUUCAGCCUUAAACUUGAGUCAACCUACUGCACAUCGGUUUUCAAUGUACAGCUGUCUAAUCGCUGAUAAUCACGAGGAAGAUACGGAAGACUUAACAGGAUACUGUAAUGGUAUAACUAAUAACCAAAGGAUCAGACUAGGCGGAUGGUCAAGCGGGAGUCGCCGAUACAGCGGAGUUUUGCUCGAUCGAGAAAACACUAGAAGUCGAAUGAGUAGUUUGGAUUAUACACCAAGUUACAAACGGUACCCCUCGAGAUCUCUCUCAAGAUCGAGAUCUAGUUGUAGCAGAAGUCCUCCUAAGGUCGAAGACGUAGUGGUAGCAACGACAGACUACACGGCAGCAGCCGACGACGAAGUGUCUCUAAAAGCUGGAGAUAUCGUUGAGGUUCUCGACACGAAGGCAGCCCUCGGAUCCAAGGUGCGCCUGAACGACCCCGGCCUGGAUCUGGACGUGGAACUGCUGGACUCCAGCGCAGCGAAGCACAAGGCAGCUGUUAGGCCGAAGAAGAACCAUCCGAAGGGUGGUGCAGGUGCAGCCAAGAGUCGGAAGACUGAGGAAAGAUGGAUGGUCCGAGUGCUGGAAGAUGUGGACGCUGGCGAGAUACGAUCUCGUCAAGGACUGGUGCCGGCCAGGGUGCUCCGAGAUACCAGAGCUGCGGAACGUGACACCACAGCAUCGGCUGCAAGACGACAAGCCGUGGUCCGCGAACUGAUCGAGACAGAAGAGGAAUUCGGCCGAGACAUCCAACAAGUGGUCUCUCAGUACAUGCGGCCGAUGGACAAGGCGACCACACCCAAACCAGUGUUCGACAACAGGGAGCUCUUGUUCUCCAACUUUAGGCAGAUUGCUGAGUUCCAUAAUACGAUCCUCCUAGAAGGCAUCAAAUACUACGCGAGCGAGCCCCGCAUGCUCGGGCGCGCCCUCCUGCGCAUGGAGCGGGAAUUCGACAAGCACGUCGCGUACUGCCGCGACGAGCCGCGGGCGCAGCACCUGCUCGCCAACGAUCCUGACGUGGCCAAGUACUUCCAGGAGCUAGCUGACGACCUUGGUGACGACAAGGGCAUCACCGAGCAUCUCAAGCUACCGAUACAGCGGAUCAACGAUUACCAGCUUCUUCUCAAGGAGCUAGUAAAAUACUCCAAACGCCUCGGCGAAGACUGCACGGACCUCCAGAAGGCUCUAGAACUCUUCCUUGGCGUCCCGAACCGCGCCACUGACAACAAGUUUAUUGCCAGCAUCGAAGGUUACCGUGGUAACAUCUUCAAGCUCGGCCGCCUUCUCACCCACGACUGGUUCACCGUCACCGACUCCGACGGCAAGCAUAAGGAGCGCUACCUCUUCCUCUUCAAGGCUAGGAUUCUCAUCUGCAAAGUCAAGAGGGUCUCUGAUGAUAGAUCUGUGUUCGUGCUUAAAGAUAUUGUCAAGCUACCAGAAGUCGAGGUAGACGACCUUUCAGCGGACCCGCUCAAGUUCAAGCUCCACCAGAAAUCGCCGCCGCUCUCCGUGACUUUAGCGGCCCACAAGGAGCAGGUUAAGCACAACUGGCUGAAGGAGAUCUUGCAGAAUAUCAGCGACGUUGUUGCAUUAGCCGAACACGCGGCUGAUGACUUACAACUUUUGACACCAGAAGCAGCUACUCCAGCAGAAGUAGCUUCUCCAGAAGCAGCUUCCCCGCAAGCGGCUUCUCCUCAAGCCACUUCUCCCGAGCCAGCAGAAGAGAAGAAGAAAAAGCGAGAGCACGCUAAAGACAUUAAAGCAGCUGAAGUCCGAGAAAAACGGUCCAAAGUCGAAGCUGAAAAGCAAUCAAAGGUUGAAGAUAUAGAAGUUGAAGAAGUUCUCACUAGAGAACAAUCUCUUCAACAACUAAAAGCAAAGAGAAAGGCAUCAUUAGAAAGCGAGGUAGCCAAAAAACUUUCAAAGACCGAAACCAGCGAACUUCUCAGUGAAGUACAAGAAAUCACCAGCGCACAAAGUGAACUCACAUCAGGUUUAGAAACUAAAUCAUCUGUGAGCCACGAAAGUUCUAAAGUUAGCGAGUCAGUCAAAACUGCUAAGAAGGCGGGUAAGGCAGAGAUUAUAGAAGAAAGUGUUGAAUCAUCAGUCACUUCUAAAUCAUCUGUACGCGUGACAUCACUCGAGGAGAGUUCACACGAAACUGUAGUUCAAAGUUCAACUGUUGAAUCAACUGUUCACUCUUCAUACGAGGCAAGCUCUGAACAGCAAUCUGCUCAAUCUUCAUCAUCUGCCGAACAAAAAUCAUCAGUUUUGUCAGCAGAAGCUUCCAGAGUUGACCAGACGUCGUCAGAGGCAACUGUAGUUGAAAGAAAAUCUUCAUUAACUUCUGCGUCACAAAAAACUUCAGAAAAGUGUGCUGCUGAACGAAAAUCAUCACAGGAAUCGGUGGUUUCUGCUGAACGAAAAUCAUCACAAGAAUCAGUAGUUUCCUCUGAGCGAAGAUCGUCACAGGAAUCGGUUGUCGAAAUUAACUCAGCGCAAGCUAGCGUUGAGAAAACAUCGUUACAAGCGACCACAGAUGAACAAAAAACAACAUCAUCUAGUCACCUAGUUAAGAAAUCUGUAAUAUCAUCAAAACAAAAAACACAAGAAUCCGUCCAGAAAACUUCUGCACAAUCUGAAGAAAAAUCAGAAGAGAAGACUGUCGUUAGAGAGAGUGUUCAAGAAGGAGCCACUGUUGAGAGUAAGGCAGAAGUAAACGCCGCCGGUGGCGUUACUGCUACUGAAGAAGGCAACGGAAACGGCCAAACUGUAGAAGAAGACGAAAUGUCGAGAUAUACCCGCAGUUCGCGGCUGUCUGGAGAAUACUCCAGCAGCUCCCGCAAACUAUCAUCAACCGGAGGACGCUAUGAAUCCUCCUCCUACGAAAGCUCCGGCUACUCUCGCCGCGAGAGCGGCUCAAUCGAGGGCAGCUCUCGCUAUGAGUCUGCCAAAUACUCCAGCUCCAUCGAAGGGGGCAAAUAUGGCGCCGAAGGCAGCAAAUAUAGCGUAGAAGGAAGCAAAUAUAGCGUAGAAGGAAGUAAAUAUGGCGUAGAAGGCAGCAAAUAUGAAAUAGAGUCCGAGUCCACCAGCAAACUCGACAGCAUCGCUGCCAAAUAUGGCCUCGGCAACGGCAGCAGCAGGACUGAAACUACCAUCGAGUCCAGCUACGAAACCGCAAGAAACGGCGAAAGCAAAUACUCUAAGAUCGCCAAUGGGUCUAUCAGCACUGGAGAAUUACAAACAAGCAGGGUAAUCAAGUCCGAAUCUCAGGACGGGAAACCGGUAUUCAGCAAGACUUUAGAAGGCCAGAAUAUUGAGCCCGGCGAAAAUGCCUCCUUCGAAUGCUCGCUCCGCUCAUCCGAAGCCGUCAAAAUCACUUGGUUGAAAGACAACAAGCCUUUGACGGACCGUCUCAUGGACCGAGUGAACAUCACCAACGAGGCUCAUGAUCAUAAACUGGAGAUUCUGCAUUGCAUGGAGGAUGACUCGGGAGUUUAUACGGCGAGGGCGGAGAACGCUAAGGGAAACUCGCAUUGCACGGCGCAGUUGGUCGUCUCUCAGUUGACAGAUGAGGAACGCAGAGAGCGCAACGCUCUAAACGCCCCGUACUUCAUCGUGGCUCUGAAAGACACUGAGAUCAUGGAGAACACGUACCUGCGGUUCAUGGUCAAGGUCAAAGGAGACCCUAACCCAGAGGUCAAGUUCUACCGCGACGGUAAAGAAAUCAAAUCAACCUCGGACUCUGAUCGCGUGUCCAUCAUUCGCACCCGCGCUGAGAAGGGUUUCUUCGAGUUGGUCAUCGCUGAUGUUAUUCCUUCUGAUGCUGGCCUCUACUCCUGCCGUGCUAUGAACAUUUAUGGCGAAUGCUCUACUGAAGCCAAAGUUACUGUUGUCGAUGACAAAAACAUCUUUUUCGAACUGGCGCCUGGUGGCGAAGGUCUUCUGGCCAAAGGAGAGAAACCGUCCUUCACGUGGAAGCGAGACGGAGUUGACUUCGAUCCUGAAGAGAGAUUCAAGGUGUUGCUGGGAGAUGAUGAGGAUUCUCUCGCGCUGGUGUUCCAGCAUGUGAAGCCUGAAGACGCUGGGCUUUACACCUGUGUAGCGAAGACUUCUACCGGCAACAUCUCCUGUUCUGCUGAACUUACUGUCCAAGGUGCCGUGACCGUCCUCAACCGCGAGCCAGAGAAGCCAAAACUGGUGAUCGAACACAAAGAAGCUAUCGUGUCCAUCGGAGCGUCCGCCAUGAUUGAGCUCACAUGCAAGGGCUUCCCCAAACCUGAGAUCGUGUUCAAAAAGGAAGGGAAAGUCGUGGAAGCUGAUGCUAGACACAAGUUCCUCUAUGAAGAUGAUGAGACCAUGUCCAUGGUAAUCAAGAACGUAACGAGCGAAGACGCUGGCGUAUAUCACGUGACCGCCUCCAACGAGCUUGGAGAGGACACAACAACACUGCAUCUGGUCGUCAAAGCUGCGCCUAAGAUCAAGAAGAAGAUUGAGAAUCAGACGUGCAUGGUAUCUGCCACCCACACUGUGACCAUCGAAAUCGAAGGCACUCCUGCUCCAGAAGUGUCCUUCUACAAGGAUGGCGUGGAGAUCAAGAGCUCAGAACGCAUUCAGAUCGUUAAGGAGUCUGAUGAGGUCUACAAGAUCACCAUUAAGGAUGCCAAACUGACUGACAGUGGAUCCUACUCCGUUGUUGCUAAGAAUGAGGUGAACCAAUGCAGUGACUUCUGGCAAUGGCACGUCACCUCCGCCCCCAAGAUCACCAAGAAGCUGGGCGAGACCAAGAUUUGUGACGAGAAAGAGACCGUCACCUUGAAGAUUGAAACUGAAGCUGAACCAGCACCAGAAGUCAAAUGGUUCAAGAACAAGGUGGAAUUACAGGAAUCUUCGACAGUGAAGUUCUCAUCUUCGGGGUCUGCGCACAGUCUCGUGAUCACAUCGGCUGCCAGGACCGAUUCUGGAGAGUACUCCUGCGAAGUACGCAAUGUUCACGGCACAGUCACAGACGAAUGCAGUCUGCGCGUGCGCGGCGCUCCCAUCUUCAACCAGAAACUCAAGGACACAGUGGCCGCUGAAGGCGACGUCAACAUCGAGUUCACCGUCGAUGUUGCUGCCUAUCCUGAGCCACAGGUCAAAUGGUACCUAGGCGAUGUAGAAAUCUCCGAGAAGAAAUCUGUGUACUCCCGCGUGGAUAACGGCAGCACACACAAGCUGAUCCUCAAGGAGGUGUCAGCAGAGCUCUCCGGGCAGUACUCGUGCAAGGUUUCCAAUGAUCUGGGCGAAGAUUCCUGCCAGGCCACUUUUACUGUGAAGAGGAAGCCCCGUAUCACCAAGAGUCUCGUCGACAUGACGGUGGACCAAGGCCAGACCCUGAAGCUGGAGGUCGAAGUGGAAGGUUGCCCGGAACCCACUGUCAAGUGGUACAAGGAUGGCAAGGAGAUCACAACCGACGCUAGGAUCAAGAUCGAAAGGGAUACACAAAGACUGGAAAACUACAAUCUGACAGUGACGUUAGUGAAGGAAGAAGAUGGCGGCGAGUACGAAGUGAGGGCCGAGAACGAGAUGGGCAACGUUUCGUCCAAGAGCACAGUCACCAUACACACACAAUUAAUACAUACGAGACUCUCAAAGGAAAUUAUCGAAAAUGAAUUGGAAGAAGAAACGAAAAAACCCCUCUUGGAAGAGGAUGUGGCUGAAAAACAAGCUGCAGUCAAAGAUAAAACAGAAGCAGAAACGGCUGAGGAGAAAUCAUUUUGGGACGAAGAUGAGGGUGCUAAAGCUAAAAAACCAGGAGCUAAAGAAGUCGAUGAAGCGAAAUCAGAGAAAGCUAAGAAAUCGGCAACGGAACCAGAAGUUGCUGAGGAAAAAUCAUUCUGGGAUGAGGAUGAUGGUGCUAAAGCUAAAAAGCCUGGUGCUAAAGAAGUCGAUGAUUCGAAACCAGACAAAGCUAAAAAAUCAGCAACAGAGCCCGAAGUUGCUGAGGAGAAAUCAUUCUGGGAUGAGGAUGAUGGCGCUAAAGCUAAGAAAUCUAAAUCAAAGGAAGUCGAUGAUUCGAAACCAGAGAAGGCUAAAAAAUUGGUAACGGAACCCGAAGUUGCCGAGGAAAAGUCAUUCUGGGAUGAAAACCACAAUGAAAAGGAAAAACAGCCGAUCAUUGAAGAGGUGGAUGAGAGCCAAGUCGGUAAGAAGGAAGUUACCAAGUCUGAAAUCAUUGAAGAAAUCUCCGUAGAAGAAGAAUUUGUGGCUCCCAAAAAGGCUACAAAGGAAUCCGCUCAAGAACCUUUGAGUGCAGAAAGUGAAGGCCGCGUGUUCGAAACAGUAACAACUUUCAAGAGAGGCGACGAUGGCAGUAUAGUUAUGUCUAAAGUCAGUAGCACCAGGUCUCACGGCGCCAUCAUUACAGGUCCAGCUGAAACUCGAACGUUACACAAAAUGACAUCAACCGCAGUCUAUUAUGAUGAUGACGACUAUAGCAGAAGGAUCAUACCCCCUAACAAACCUCAUAAGACGUCCUUAGAAGUGGAAGAGAUAGCUAGUCACAGUUACUUUUUGACUGAACUUGGACAGUUAACAAUACCCGAUCAUUUACGCAGAGGCAUUUAUGGUAUCAUUGAAGAACCAGCUACAGAUUCUGAGUGUGAGAAUAGUUCUGUUAGAGGCAAACAUCAAUCCAAUCGGACCAUGUCUAUUCGAUCUGUCUCAGAAGAUGACACUAGCUGGCAAAAUGAACCUCUAUCCAGGGAGAUUUCAAUUGAGGACCUUUCUAAAUCCAUAUUCGAUAUCGAUGAAACUAGAAAAGUUUUCAGCAAAGAUUCAUACGUACGUCAAUCAUCGUUCCAAGAAGAAUUUUUUACUGAUGAUGGGGAAGAAUCUUUUAUCGUUAAAGAAACUUCAGAAAAAGUGUACGAAAACGACAUAACAGAAAGACUAAUACAUAUUUCGAGAGAGUUUGACGACGAAUGUAGAAACAUUGAAAAUAAAAUUGAAGAUGUCAAGAAUAGGAUAAUGGAGGAACUAGUUCUUACGCCCUUGAAGAACUUUGAUAACUUAACGAAAAAUGUGUCAGAAACUAGUUUUGAGAGGAAGAAAAAACAUGUUACUAACCUUCACGCUGUAGAAGAGGAGGAUGACGAAUUAGAAGCGCUUUUGAGACGUAGUCAACGGCAAAGGAGUAUAUUAGACGAUAUACUUAAUCAGGAAGAUGAAAAAGCGCCCCCCAUAGUCAAAGAUAGCAACUUCAAAGACCAGAGCGUUUACGAGUCUCUCCCACUGAGCUACUCAGUCACAGCCAUCGGAGUACCCAAACCUACCGUGCGCUGGCUCCACGACGGAAAAGAAGUCAAGCCAUGCAAGCGAGUUCACAUCACUAAUGAAGGAGACGUUUACAAGAUCGAGUUCGACAGUCUGCUCCUGUCUGAUGGUGGCAAGUGGCAGUGCGAGAUUAGCAACAACGUUGGAAAGAAGGUGCUGAAGGCUGAAUUGUCUGUUGCUUCUGUCAGCGAAUUCCGCAAGCCAAUCUUCACCACACCCCUUGAAGCCCAACGCGUGAUGCAACGCGAGCCAGUUACCAUGAAGGCUGUCUGCACAGCAGACCCUCAACCCCACGUGUCCUGGCUACUGAAUGGGGUGGAACUUACCCCUGAUGCUACGGUGGUAACCACUGCUGAUGCCAAAGAGAUCGAGCAUGGGAUUAAGGAGUGUACUUUCACUCUUUCUAUACCCACUGGUCGUCACUCCGACACCGGUGUCUACACCAUCCAAGCCAAGAACCAGUACGGAGUCGGCGAGAGCUCAGCUCGACUGGACAUCCUGCUGCGCCCAGAAAUUGAGGGUCUCAAGGACAUCACCACUACGCCCUUCGAGCAGAUCACAUUUGUAGCCUGUAUUCAUGCCAACCCCAUCGCAGAGGUGAAAUGGAGCAAAGAUGGUGUUGUAAUACUGCCGUCCUUGAAGAACAUCGAUAUCGUUGAAGACCGUUUAACUGAGAACUUCCAACUUACCAUUAAAAAGGUGGGAGUGGCUGAUGGUGGUAAAUACACGCUGACUGCUACCAACGAGUUUGGAGAGACAACCGCAAACGCCACUCUGACUGUGCACACUGGAGAGCCCGUCUUCACCAAGCCACUGCAAAAGCAGACAGUCAAAGACCACGAGACUGUCACCCUCAAGGUCCGAUGUGACGGCGUGCCCAAACCUGAAGUCCACUGGUUCAAGGACGGACAGGAGAUCAAGAAUGAUGAGAGGCAUAAGAUUACAACGGAAGUUGGGGGACAAGUGGAUAGCGAGUUGGAGAUUAAGGACUUUGAUUCUAGUGACUCUGGCAAGUACAAGGUCCGCGCCGUAAGCUUGGCAGGAGAAGCGUUCUGCGAAGCGCCCAUCACCCUCGCGCAGUCAUCGCCAGGGUUCGCACACAGGCUGGAGAGACAGAAGGAUGUGGACGAAGGCGAGCCGUUAGAACUUAAGGCCAAGCUGGAUGGCAGCCCUAUUCCAUCUGCUAAGUGGUACAAAGAUGGCAUCGAGCUAUCUCCCUCAGACUCCCGCAUAAAACAAGUCGCCCUACCCGACGGUACGGUCAAACUGACCAUCGAGCAAGUGACGCCAUCAGACUGCGGGGCUUACAAACUAGUGAUCACCAAUCCUAAUGGAGACGACUCUGCGCUUUGCGCUGUCGCUGUCAAUCCCACGCCUCGCAAACCCUCCUUCAGCAAGGAGUUGGAAGACGUGAAAGCCGUGGUUGGACAACCGUUGAAGCUCGAAGCUCAAGUCAUGGCAUUCCCUGCGCCCGAAGUCAAGUGGUUCAAGGAUGGUCACCCGAUCCGUCCAUCUCAAGCGAUCAACUUCAUCAACCAGCCGGGAGGCGUUAUUGGUCUGGUGGUAGACAGUUGCAAACCUGAGGACGCUGGUGUUUACAGUCUGACUGUCACCAAUAAACUUGGAGACAUCAGCUCUAAAGCCAAGGUUGAGGUUGCACAAAAGGAGAAGAAGCCAGCAUUUAUUGCGGAGCUGCAACCGACGAAGGUCAUCGAAGGUUUCCCUGUGAGGAUGGAGGUGAAAGUCCUUGGACAUCCGCCACCAACCAUCAAAUGGACCCAUAACGGCAAAGAGAUCGUCCCAGACGGCACCCACAUCAAAAUCGUGGCGCAACCGGAUGGUACCCACGCUCUUUUGAUCGACAAGGCUACUGCAGAAGAUGGCGGUGACUAUGGUGUCAUCGCCGUUAAUGACCAGGGACAGUCUGCCAGCAACGCGAAACUUAGUGUUGCUAGCCGUCAAGACGACUCAUCCCCACAAGAGCGCCCUCAGUUCAUCCAUGGUCUGCGCGACGUCACAGCCGAAGAGGGACAACCCUUCAGCAUCAGCGCGCCGUUCGUUGGCAACCCUAUCCCUGAAGUCACGUGGACCAAAGACGGCGAGCCAUUGAAGCCUAGUGAGAAGAUUCAGCUCACUUGCGACGGCAAACGGGUCGGUCUGGAGAUCUCAGACAUGGAGCUCCCGGAUGCCGGCGUGUACGCCGUGAAACUCGUCAACCCUCUGGGCGAAGACGCCACGCAGGGCAAGAUCGAUGUCCGCAAGGUCUACCAGCCUCCGAGGUUCUCGCAGAAGUUUACCGACUUGCAGCAGCUUCCAACCUUCGACGCGAAAUUCCCCGCUCGCGUCACCGGCGUCCCCGCCCCAGAAAUAUCCUGGUACAAGAACGGAUCCCCCAUUUACGAAUCUGAAAAGUACCACAUGAAGAGAGACGGAGAUGCUUGCUGUCUAUACGUGAGGAAUCUGGAGCUUGGGGACUCAGGGACGUUCAAAUGUGUUGCGAAGAACAGAGAGGGAGAGGCUUCGUGUGAGGCGGCUUUAGAAGUAGUUGAUAAGAUUGGCAAGAGGCAGAAGAUCGAGCCACCAGCGUUCUUGAAGAAGAUCGGCGAUUGCGAAGUAUACCGUGGCAUGGGCGCCAAAUUCACCGCUUGUGCCACCGGCACCCCAGACCCUGACGUUGAAUGGUUCCGUAACGACGAGAAGCUGUUCCCUUGCGAACGCAUCCGUAUGGACAAGGAAACCACCGGCCUGCUCCGUCUGACCAUCAGCGGUAUUGAUCCCAGCGAUUGUGGCACUUACAAGUGCCGCAUCUUCAAUCCUCAUGGAGAGGAUUCCUGCACCGCGCAGCUCACUUAUGACACAUUGGAGCCUCGCCAAAGCAAGAAGCCAAUUGGAGACCAGUACUCAGACUUCGACAAGAUGAAGAAGACCGGCGUUCCCAUGCCGCUGGCUGACAAGCCUAUCAUCUCGCGCAUGACCGAUCGGAAACUCACGUUGUCAUGGAAACCGUCCAUUCCGCACGGGCCACGGUUCCCUGUCACCUACCAGGUGGAAAUGUGCGAGCAACCCGACGGCGACUGGUUCACCGCCCGCACCGGCCUUCGCUCCUGCGUCUGUGACAUCAGCAACCUCGAGCCGUUCCGCGACUACAAGUUCCGCAUCCGCGUCGAAAACAAAUAUGGCGUCUCCGAUCCCUCCCCCUACGCUAUCACCCAUCGCGCCAAACUCGAGCCCGACCCUCCUAAGUUCAUACCUUACUUAGAACCUGGCAUUGAUUUCCGACCAGAAACAUCCCCCUACUUCCCUAAAGACUUCGAUAUUGAACGACCACCGCAUGACGGAUACGCUCAAGCACCGAGAUUCUUACGCCAAGAACAUGAUUGCCAGUACGGUGUGAAGGGACAUAAUGUGAAUCUGUUCUGGUUCGUGUAUGGAUACCCGAAGCCGACGAUGACGUAUUACUUCAAUGAUGAGCCGAUUGAGAUUGGGGGCCGAUUCGAUUGGAGUUAUACAAGGAAUGGGCAGGCUACACUAUUUAUCAACAAAAUGCUGGAACGUGACGAGGGUUACUACGAAGCUGUAGCCACUAACGAGCACGGCCAAACUCGCCAACGAGUUCGUCUCCAAGUAGCCGAGUACCCCACCUUUAUCAAACGGCCUGAAGAAACUGUCGCGCUACAACGCCGCAGUGCCAGGAUCGAGGCUAGGGUCACUGGAGUACCGUAUCCUGAGAUCAAGUGGUAUAAGGACUGGCAGCCGCUUGCAGAGAGCUCCAGGAUCAAGAUGAAAUUCAUUGAGCCGGACACUACGAUCCUGAUCAUCAACGACGUGAUCCUCAAGGAUGAGGGUCUGUACUCCAUUUCUGCCAGAAACGUCGCUGGUUCCGUCAGCUCAUCAGCCAUGCUGCAUGUUGAAGAGGAGGAGCAUGUGUAUUCUAACAGAAUUCGCGAGCACCCGCCCCGCAUCAAGCCAUCGACGAAGCCUUUCGGAGACUUCUACGACCUUGGAGAUGAGCUGGGUCGCGGCGUGCAGGGUGUUGUGUACCACGCUGCUGAGAGACUUACUGGUCGCAACUACGCCGCUAAGAUCAUGCACGGCCACUCCGCCCUGAAGCCGUUCAUGAAGAACGAGCUAGACAUCAUGAACCAGCUGAACGAUAUCCACCUGAUCCGUCUCCAUGAUGCUUAUGAGCAUGACCAUACGCUGGCGUUGGUGACUGAGCUGGCUGGCGGUGGCGAACUCGUCAGGGACAGACUGCUCCGAAGCACCGGAUACACGGAAAGCGACAUCGCCGGAUACAUCAGACAGCUGCUCAGAGGACUCAAGUACAUGCAUGAUAACAGCAUUGCUCAUUUGGGUCUUACGAUUGGAGAGCUCCUUCUUUCUCACGCUGGUUCCGAUCAACUGAAGAUCUGUGACUUCGGGCUUUCUCGCAAGAUUAUGUUCAACAAGCUGGCUUCACUUGACUACGGUUUCCCUGAAUACGUCGCACCUGAGGUUGCAAGCGGCGAAGGCGUCUCAUUCAACGCCGAUAUGUGGAGCGUGGGCAUCGUCACCUACAUUCUGCUGAGUGGCCACUCUCCCUUCAGAGGAAUCAAUGAUCGUGAAACGCUCAUCAGGAUCCGGGAUGGAAAGUGGGACUGGCAUGACGAAGAAUGGUGGUCCAGACUCAGCCUGGAAUGCCGUGACUUCAUCUCAAAGCUGCUAGUAUACCGCUGGGAGGAUAGAAUGGACGUGAACACAGCCCUGAACCACCCCUGGUUGACCGGAGCCGAUAGGAUCAGGACUGACGAAUACAUCAUCAGCACAGACCGGCUGAGGAACUACUACAAUUUGUACAGAGACUGGACCGGCAACGCCCAAUGCCGCAAUUGGUUCAGACGUAAGCCGCUGAGCGGCGCCUUCGAGCAUCCAUCCAAAAUGGUCUACCCGCCCGGAGAAACUUACACACCAGAAGGCACGCCGGAGCGCUCGUCUCGCGAUCGCGGAGGCAGCCCGUGGGACCUCAAGUUCAAGCAGUGGGAACACCCCGACUGGGAAGUCACCGCCACUUCCGAGAGCCACUACCAAAACGGGCCAGACACAUACCUUCUGCAGCUGCGUGACGUCAGCUUCCCGGUCCGUCUACGCGAGUACAUGAAGGUGGCAUGCAACCGCUCUGUUGCCUACAACCUCAGCGUCAACGACUCCUACGAUCCUAGGACACCCAUCAUUCGCGAGCGCCGUCGCUUCACUGACAUCAUGGACGAAGAGAUCGAAGACGAGCAACGCGAACGCAUCAACAAUUACGGCACCGAGUCUUACACCAUCAGACGUCUCCGACACGAGCUCGGCACGAGACUCGAUAGCUACGCGGAGGCUCAGGCCUUCAUGGAAUCGAAGAAGGAUGGACAGUUGCCAUUCUUCAGGGAGAAACCGCAAAUUUUGCCUAUCAGGGAAGGAGAGCCCACUCAGUUCUCAUGCUUUGCUGUUGGCGACCCUAAGCCAAGCGUCCAAUGGUUCAAGAACGACAUGGUCAUCGCCGAAAGCAACCGCAUCAAGAUCGAGCAAGAUGAAGAAGGACGCUCCACCAUCAAGUUCGAGCCCGCCAUGCACCACGACAUUGGCUUCUACAAGGUUGUCGCUAGGAACAAGGUUGGACAGACAGUCGCUAGAACCAGAAUCGUGGAAGCCACAACUCCAGAUGCGCCAGACAGCCCACAGUAUGCUGAUAUUUCUGACACUGAAGUGCUACUCCGAUGGAAGCAGCCCAAAUACGACGGAAACUCCCCAGUCAUUUGCUACAACUUACAGUACAAAGAAGGCGACAGCAUUGAAUGGCGUGACGUGGCUUCCAACAUUGACCACGAAUUCUACGUCCUAAGAGACCUGAAACCGAACACCAGCUACCAGUUCCGUUUGGCAUCUAGAAAUAGAAUCGGCUGGAGCGACAAGGGGAUCCCGACCAACUUAGUCAAGACAAAGGAAUCAGGUGCUCCUAAAAUAGAAGUCACAAAAGCCAUGAGGCAUUUACAACAGAUCACAGAGUCCGGACAAGAAGUUGUUCUGGACGAAGAAAGGCCCAAGCUCAAUUAUGACACUGAAGAGAAUCCCAUCGAAUGGGAAUCUUCUGACAAAUUUACAGAACGCUACAGCUUUAUAUCCGAACUCUGGCGUGGAAAAUUCUCAAUCGUAGUCAAAGGAGUUGAUAAACGCAACGACAGCGUAGUAGUCUCCAAAAUUCUAGAAAACAAACCAGAAACAGAGGUCCAAAUUAAGAGAGAAUUCGAAUGUUUAAGACGAUUAAGGCAUGAAAGGAUAUCGAAUCUAAUAGCCGCUUACCAAGCACCUGGUUCACCUGUGUCAGCCUUCAUCAUGGAGAAACUUCAAGGCGCUGAUAUCCUUACUUACUUAUCUAGCAGACACGAUUAUUCAGAGCAGAUGGUAGCGACAAUAGUGACACAGAUCCUCGAUGGCCUUCAGUACUUGCACUGGAGGGGUUACUGCCACUUAGACCUGCAGCCUGAUAACGUAGUCAUGGCGUCAGUUAGAUCUAUUCAGGUGAAACUGAUUGAUUUCGGCUCAGCGCAUAAAGUCACGAAGCUUGGUACGAGCGUGCCGCAGGUUGGAGAUUUGGACUACAAAGCACCUGAGAUCGUCACAGACGAGCCAGCGUUCCCACAGACAGACAUCUGGUCCCUGGGUGUGCUCACAUACAUCAUGCUGUCUGGAGUCUCGCCAUUCCGAGGGGGUAACGACGCCGAGACCAAACAGAACAUCGCCUUCGUGCGGUAUCGGUUCGAGCAUCUAUACAAGGAGAUUACGCAGGAGGCGACCAGGUUCCUGAUGUUCCUCUUCAAGAAGGUGCCACUAAAGAGGCCCACGGCGGAGGAAUGCCACGAGCACCGUUGGUUGACGCAGUCAGAUUUCAUGAACAAGAAACGGGAGAGAGCAGUGUUCUUAGGAAACAGACUGAAGGAAUUCUCCGACCAGUACCACGAGAGGAAGACCGCCGAGGCGGCUCAAGUGGACAUGUCUGCGACGGUCUCCUCCGCCUUCGGGCAGGCGAGGCGGCUCAUGCGCUCAAACAGCAUCCAGGAGGAGUUACAGACCAACUUCCAGAGCCAUUAGGGCAGCAACUUAUUGUUAUUUAGACUGUACUGUUAAGGCUAAAAGUAUUGUCCAACAUAGAUUAAAUUACAGAACUUAGUAAUACAUUUUGUUAGUAGCUCAGACUAGUGAUGUGCAAGUUGCGGAAACUUUCCAAACAUCUCUUAAAUUUCUUGAAAAAUUCACGAAACAGUCACGAAAAAUAAAGGGACUUUAAAUUUGUAAAAUGGAAAGUGUCAAUCCAUACAAUUGUCCAUACAAAGUAUGGAAAGUUUCCGAAGUUUUCCUAUGUGAAACUUUCAUAAUCUUGGAAACUUUCCGUCGGCACAUCAGUAGCUCAGACAAACAGAGCUUAGAUAAUAAAACAGGUCUUAAAUAUCAAAGAACUCAAGGACGCUAAAUCCGUAAAUGCAUCCUCCGUGCGUUACGCUACGCUUUACGCUUACGCGUUACGCUUUGACAAAUCUAAAUUAUCUAAUUUACGCUAAAUCAGUAAAAGCAUUAUUUAUUUAUUUAUUCGGAUCCUUAAAGACCUCGUAAUUCAACGCCAAUACAGUUUAUAAAUAUAGCCUUAACAGGACAGCCUUGUUUUUCAACUUUAACCGCCGAUAUGAUUACCCCAAAAUAUGACACCAUAAGCUAAAAAUGGCUAGUCAUACUCGGAGUACGAAUUUAUCAUAAACAUAAAAAAAUCUGAUUUUUCUAAUCAUGAUUGCCGGAAAGGGGUUCAAAGUGAUAUUUCCAAGUGUCAUUCAUCAUCAUCAUCAUCAAAGUCUAGUCAUGAAGGAGUUUGUUACGACAGUUUUGUUACUUUGUUAAGCUAUUUAUUGUAUACAAUUUUUACUAUUUAUACUAAUUCGUAUGGUGCUCCAGUAUUAAUGUGAUUAAUAAAGAGCAUUCAUUUGC